UGAUAAUGUCCAGUCAGGCAUCCAGGGAACUUUUUUCACCAUAACAUGAAGUGCCCACUGAAUACUAAAGUAGAAAUAAUGGUGUCUAUAAGGGGUGCACCCUGCAAUGAACAGUAAUUGCAUCUAGUUUGGCAGACAGCACUGAAAACAUGUCUCUAGUAUCCAGGGCAGAAAUAACACGAUGCAGAGGAUGGGAGAAAGGCGCCUCAUCUGUGUGAGGGAAGCAGCAGAACUGUGCUUAUAACAUAAAUGUAACUGUUUGUCUGCAGAAUAUAAGACGACAGCAGAGCAAGAGAAAACAUCUUUCCAACUGCAGUAUCAAGAAUAAGGAUCCACAGACACAGAGGAAAGCUCCCCUAAAGAAGCCAUCCAUCUAUGAAAUGCCAGAACUACAUAAAGUACUUACAAGGUCAGCUUGAAAUGAGAGUUCUUAACAAGAAUUGAGACAAAGAAUGUUGGAGAGUUUCAAGAGGUCUCAACUAUUGACAGCAUGGGAAGAAGGUGAUUAGCUGAGCAGCAGAAGAAGAACCGACUGAGCCGGUGUCACCUAUCGGAUGAAGUCAUUGGAACAUCGCCUUAUUGCACGCUGCAGCCUUUGAUGUGGAUUUUCUACCAAAUAUGCAGCAGAUGCAAAAUCUACAGCUUACACAGUCCAAAAAAAUCAGUGCUCCAUCGUCUCCAAAUGCAGCCAAAAGGCUGUACCGGAACCUCUCUGAAAAACUCAAAGGCAGCCACUCCUCCUUUGAUGAAGCUUACUUCAGGGCAAGAGCUGACCGCUUCAGGAAGACCUCGGUAACUUUUCAGUGCAAUGAAGCUGUGUUCGAGGCGGUUGAACAGCAGGACUUGGACGCGGUACAAAUUCUUCUGUAUCAGUACACGGCCGAGGAAUUGGAUAUUAAUACCCCUAAUAGUGAAGGAUUAACUCCUCUGGACAUUGCCAUCAUGACAAAUAACGUGCCUAUUGCAAGGACGCUGCUAAAGGCAGGAGCCAGGGAGAGCCCACACUUUAUCAGCAUGGAAAGCAGAUCCAUGCACCUGACUACUUUGGUUGAAGAAGCCCAGCAAAGAAUGAGUGAGCUGUCUGCAAAAAUACAGAAUGAAGGCUUGGGAGGUGACAGCACUGACAAGGAGAAACAACUCAAGUCUUGGGAGUGGAGAUUUCGUCUUUACAAGCGCAUGAAGACAGGCUAUGAGCAUGCAAGAGCCCCUGAGGCGCCGACCAAUGUCUGUCUUAUGAUAACGAGCAGCACAUCACUCACUGUCACCUUCCAGGAGCCCCUAAGGGUCAAUUCAGCUGUGGUGACCAAAUAUAAAGUUGAAUGGAGUUGCUGCUCAGAUUUUUCUUCCAUCGCUGGGGAAUUAAUCGUGGAUAAUCUUCACUCCUUAAGAUGUACAAUUGCUGGCCUCAGAAUGGGCCAUGUAUACUAUGUUCAAGUUUCUGCUUGCAACAUGAAAGGCUGGGGUCCUGCAGAAAUCUCCAACCCACCUUAUGCUGCUCCUUCCAACUGGAAAGACUAUGAUGGUCGAGAUUUCAGGCACAAGGGACAAAAUGAAGCAUUAGAGCGUCUGUUACAGCAGGUCCGGACUGUUCAUCAACAUUACAGCUGUAGAGAAGAAGCAAAAUUACAAAAUUCAAGUCGGAAACAGUCGGUAUCUAGAAGUUUGAAGCAUCUUUUCCACUCUUCGAACAAGUUUGUCAAGACAUUAAAAAGGGGCCUCUACUUAGCAGUGAUAUUUCAUUACAAAGACAACAUGUUGGUAACCAAUGAAGACCAUAUCCCCAUUGUAGAAAUUGAUGAUUCCUGCACCAGCUCUAUUAUGCAAGAUUUCCUCUGGUUUACAAAGCUGUCAUGUAUGUGGGAUGAUAUCAGGUGGCUGCGACAGAGCAUGUCCAUCUCAAUGUCCUCUUCUACUGCUCUCCAGGCCAGACAGAAGAUGUUGGCAGCAGCAGCCCAGCUCCAGAACUUGCUUGGCACCCACAAUUUAGGCCGAGUGUAUUAUGAACCCAUUAAGGACAGACACGGCAACGUCUUAAUAGUCUCAAUCAGAGAAGUGGAGACAUUGUAUUCUUUUUUCAAUGGUAAAUGGAUGCAAAUUUCCAAGCUGCAAAGCCAGAGGAAAUCCCUUUCAACUCCUGAAGAACCGACAGCUCUGGACAUCUUGCUCAUAACCAUUCAGGAGAUAUUGACCUAUCAGAAGCGGAGCCAGCAGAGGUUACAUCCUGGCCUGUACCUGGGCUACUUGAAACUGUGCAGCUCUGUUGAUCAAAUAAAAGUGCUUGUCUCUCAGAGGCUACCCAACAUAUUGUGCCAUGUCAAAAUCCGAGACAACAGCAACGUCUCCAGAGAUGAGUGGGAAUGGAUUCAAAAUCUCUCUUUGUCAGAGUCUAUGGACAGCAUGGACCUCUCUCUAGAUGAUCACACGCAACUGUUCCUCUAUGAUCUUAAGAUAGCAGUCAAAGCCCUGCUGAAACAGAUCAAUCUACCUCUACACCAGGCCAAGCACUUCCGGCUGUAUACACACGAGGUUUUAGAGCUUGGGCACAAUGUUUCCUUUCUUCUGCUGCUCCCGGCCUCAGAUGAUGUCUGCAGUGCUCCAGGACAGAGCAAUCCUUACACACUACACUCAGGAUUUCUUAACCUCCCCCUUCAGAUAUUUGAACUAGUUCACUUUUGUAGCUACAAGGAGACGUUCAUUAACCUGUAUUGCAGACUGUCUGCUAUAGUAGAGCUGGACUCCUUAAUUUCCCAGCAGGCUUUGAGAGAGGCAAUCUCAGAUGACGAAGUCGUAGCUGCAAAGCAAAGACACCAGCAAGUUUUAGAUUAUAUGCAGCAAACAGAUGAAAUUUGGCGUGAAAUGAGGUGGAUCAUGGAUGCACUACAGUAUGCAAGAAAUAAACAGCCAGUUGCUGGUUUGCCAAUUACAAGAUUUAUAGACCUGUCUGAAGAGCAAAAUCAGAAGAAGAAUAAUUCCACAUCAUCUCACCUGGACUGCCUGCCGUCACCUUCUCCAUCUCCAGAAAUGCACCGGAGAAGACCGUUAAGUGAUUCACAGACUUGCUCUGAUGAAGAAGGUUGCUCUGAGGUGUUUCUACCCACAGACAGUGAUUAUGAUUCCAGUGAUGCUUUGAGCCCCAGAGAGUUGGACCUAGUCUACUCUUCCUCUCAAGACAUAUCCCAGCAGGCAGUGUCAUGUCUGAGUGGCAGUGCUCCUGAUGUUCUUCAAGUACAUGACAUGAAGCCUUGCUUGACCUUGAAGGAAGAAUGUGGAGCUCUGGAUCCUAAUACAGAGUAUUGCACUAAGUACAUGGACAACUUAUCAGUCAUGAGUUACCCUUCAAAAAGCAUAGACAAAGCCACCAGCUCAAAGCAACACCUGAGCCUUUUGGGGAAGAAGAGGUCUGGGAAACAUCAGCACUGCAAUUAUUUUAGUCGGCAUCACCGCUGGCUCCGAGUUCAUAGUGAGUCACAGGCUUUAUCACUUACAGAAGGGGUCUACACACAGCACAUGUCACGGACAGUCGACUUUAAUGAAGAGACUACCUCUGGUGAAGAAAUUUCCAUUCCAGUGGACAACCCUCGAAGCACUUUCUUACCUCAUGCUUCUAGCCUUCCUGAAGAGAAAUCAAAGUACAACGAAUCAAAAACAAGUGUACGGAGAAUAUAUGUUGAGCCUUACAAACAAAUGAUGUCUGAGGAAGACCAGAAAACGUGGACCUUAAAUGUAGGAGAAUCCCAUUGUCCUGCCAAGGAAACCAUUAUACAAGUUGCAGGACAAGAAAUAGAUGCAGAUGAAAAUACCAAUUUGCAACUAUCAGAAGUGUUUAGCAGUACACUAUAAUUAAAUGGAGCAUGGAAAACUGAAACUUUGAACAAAUAUAGGCCUCUUUUGAGGUCCUCUUUACAUUUUACAGGUUCAUCUCCCAUCUUGCUGCUCUUUUGAAUCCAUGUUUGUACCGAAGGUAUUGCUUUGGAAUCUUUGCAAACCAACCGAAAUGUUGUUUACUUUAACAGUUUGUUGCACAGCGAGGAACAAAUAUAUGACAAUUC